GUGAACCCCGUGCUGUCUGGGCUGCACUUAAUUAAGGCGUCCACCAGACCUGCAUCCCUGACUAUCGUAUUUAAAAAAACGCUAUCAUAUCCCAGCCUGUCAGUGGAGCCUUUCCUGUCUUUGAGCCUAGUGAUGGUGUUAAAAUCACCUCCAAAGACAACCUGCCGGGACAUAAAAAGGAAAGGCUUAAUCCUUGUAAAGAGGCAUUUCCUAUCCCACUUGGUCUGGGGACCAUAGAUAUUAAUAAGCCUUAGCUUUUGCCCCUUCACAAGGACGUCUAAGACCAUACAUCUUCCAACCUCCACCUUGAUGACCCGCCGACACGUUACCAUGC